GGGGCGGAGGUUGCCGACUGCGCGCAAGAGCUUUCGUUUCGAGGAGAUCCCCGUGGCCCGUCCGCGUAAACAACACGCUCGCCCGAGUCUCCUCUCUUCCGCGAGUAUAACAACGGGAUACCAAUAUUUCUAUUUUUUACACGGCUUCCGGCUGUUUUUAACUAUCUUUUCGCUCAUUCGGUUCCUCAACGCUUAUAUUAUUAUGAGAGAUGUUGAAGCGCCGCCGCAUCCCUUCACCUUGAAUCGCUCUCGAAGCGCCAACCCGCUGUUCGCCUCCGUUAUUCAAGACGGAACAAAAUUAACAUUCCCACCUCUCAAAGUUCGGGGGCAAUUUUUCACGGGCGAUUCAUUAUCCCAACGAUAACCACUAUCUUUAUACGAAUUCCCGACCCAACUUCGCGCAUCUUGUCCGAUUUGCCCUCGUCCUGCUUUCCAUCUCCCGCCGCAUCGAACAAGCGAUGAAUGCGAUUCCGUUUCAAGGCUUCGCUUGAUAUAUCGAGUGAAUCCAAAACAGUGAACCAGCGACUCGUUGAUUUCUGUGCAUCGCGCGCUUCGAAUGACGGGGAUUUUGGUGAUGUACGACAGCGCUAGCUGUUCGUACACGGGGGCGCUCGACUUGAAGGGUGCAUCUUCCGGGGUUAACAAUACUGGAACUGGGGGAGGGGCCUCAGGUGGAACAGGUGGAAACGGCGGUGGUGGAUCAGUCGUUUCCGUAAGCACGAGCGGUGUGAAACAAGAAAAUUGGCCGUAUCGAGGCCUCGCCUGUGGCAGCACGUUUCAACAACUCAAACAGAGCGUCGAAAAAGCUAAGCAGGCUCUCGUCGAUCGCGGCGGUUAUCUCGCUGGUGCUUUCUCACCCCCGCCCCGAGCGAAUCCUUCUGCCAUUUCGCCCGGUACAGCAGCCUCCAUCACCGCCGAUGCCAGCAGUUCGUACAAAGGAGGCUGGAGCCAUGCCACUUCACCCACACCUGGACAGGGUUACGGCAGCAGCUUGUCAAAAUCUGCUCUCGACACGCAUUCUCAUCUCAGACAACCCGAUCCAUAUCAAAUGUUCGGAGCUACGAGUAGUCGAUUGGCGAGUUCCGGUUCUGGACAAAUCCAACUGUGGCAAUUUUUGCUCGAACUAUUGUCGGAUUCGAGUAACGCUGCGUGCAUCACCGUGGGAAGGAACCAAUGGCGAAUUCAAGCUGACCGAUCCGGACGAAGUUACUUUUUG